AUGUAUUUCGACUCCCGACGCAGCACCGUUCUUGCCACCAACGGGAUGGUGGCGACCAGCCAGCCGCUGGCGGCCAUGGCCGGGCUGCAGGUCCUCAUGGACGGCGGCAACGCCACCGACGCCGCCAUCACCGCCGCCGCCGCGCUCAAUGUGGUGGAGCCCAACUCGACCGGGGUGGGCGGCGACCUGUUCGCGCUGGUCUGGAACGAGAAGGAGAAGUCGGUGCGGGCCAUCAACGGCAGCGGCCGGGCUGCCGCCGCGUCCGACAUCGAAGAGUUGACCUCCCAGGGCUACCGGUCCAUGCCCGGCGCGGGGCCGUACUCGGUGUGCGUGCCGGGAACGGUGCACGGCUGGGAGACGCUGAGGGCCGAAUGCGGCACGAUGCCACUGUCCCGGCUGCUGGAGCCGGCCAUUCGAUACGCCGAGGGCGGCUUCCCCGUCUCCGAGGUCAUCGCCUGGCAAUGGGAGAAUAACCUGCCCAAGCUGCGGAUGUACCCAUCGGGCGAGGAAAUGAUGGUGGACGGCAACGCGCCGAAAAAGGGCGACCGGGUGCGUUUCCCCACGCUGGCGACCACGCUGCGGGCCAUCGCCGAGGGCGGCUGCGAGGCCUUCUACCACGGCCCCAUCGCCGAGAAGAUGGCGUCCUUCGUGCAGGAACACGGCGGCUGGCUGACCGUUGAGGACCUGGCCGCCCAUACCUCCGACUGGGACGAGCCCAUCGCCACCGACUACCGGGGCGUCACCUGCUGGGAGUGCCCGCCCAACGGCCAGGGCAUCGCCGCGCUGGAGGCGCUGAACAUCGCCGAGGGCUUCGACAUCGCGGCCAUGGGCGCCCAGUCCGCCGACGCCUAUCACCACCUGAUCGAAGCCAUGCGGCUGGCCUUCGCCGACGCCUACCGCUACGUCGCCGACCCUCGCGUGGUGGACGUCCCGACGGAGCAACUGCUCUCCAAGGAGUACGCGGCCCAGCGCCGGGAGCUGAUGGACCCGCGCAAGGCGAUGAUGACCGCUCCCUACGGGCAGCCCAUACCCGGCGGCAACACGGUCUACGUCAGCGCGGGACACCUGCAGCUCAUCAGCAACAUGGUCGACCACGGCAUGGACCCGCAGCAGGCCAUCAACGCCCUGCGGUUCAUGGUGGGCAACGACCAGGCGCUGCUGGAGGAGGGCGUCAGCCCCGACACGGCCCGCGAGCUGCAGCAGCGCGGCCACAAGCUGGGCCUGAUGGCCGGGCGGUCCCGGGUGUCCAUCGGCGGCGCCAGGUCAUCGCCCGCGACCACCGCACCGGCGUGCUGCAGGGCGGCACCGAACCCCGCAAGGACGGCGCAGUAG